CGGACCUACCUUUCCUUCUCAGUGAAGAAUAUAGAAAAAGGAGGUGAAGAAGAAAUUUGAGCUAUUGAGACAAACACAGAGACAAUUGUACGCAGAGAUGGCAAACGCAGAAGUUCAGUUAUCAGAUCACAGGGAGGUCCUGAAGACGCUUAAGAAUUGCGACCCUGCAGCGAAAUGCUUCUACACUCAGUCUGGUGUUCUGCUCGAGAGAACCGUGAAGGAGAUCUUCCCUCUCGUCGUCAUGGGCAAAGAAAAGCUGGAAAAGGAGAUAGAAAAUCUACGUCUGCGCAUUGAAGAGAAAACGAGGGAAGUGGAUCAAUUUCGAAUAACCUUCAACGUUCAGAUUCUUUCAGAGGAGCAAUCGCUGGCUGCUUAAGGGUCAUUGGAUGAAAUGAAGGAAAGUUUUCUUAUCAAAGAAUGAUUUUUAGUUUU